GUUCGUACAUGUACACGUACACUUUAGUUUUUUUUUUUGCUCUCAAAUACUUCGGCGCACUGCUUGGCUGCCUUUUAUAUUGAAGCAAGAGGAACACUUGCUUGAAUAAAGUCUUGUUGAAGAAGGACCCCAAGAAUUUUAAAACAAAGAACAAAAGCCGGUUGUUUGCCGAGUUUCGAGAAAAGAUGGUAAAGAUGCCAGCAAUCCCGUGCAAUGGCCUUCGAGCCAUUGUCAUCUUGACCAUCACUUUGUGCGGCCUUCAAAUGAUCGAUUCGGCUGCAGUGAUGUCUGUCGAUUUGGGCAGUGAAUGGAUGAAAGUGGGAGUAGUUUCACCUGGUGUUCCAAUGGAAAUCGCUCUAAAUAAGGAGUCGAAGAGAAAAUCACCAGCAGUUUUGGCAUUCCGCGAUGGUGUGAGGUCUUUUGGUGAAGAUGCUCAAACUGUUGGUGUCAAAGAACCAGCAAGUGCUUAUGCAUAUUUGUUGGAUCUAUUGGGCAAGCAAAUUGAUAAUCCAAUUGUCGAUUUGUACAGAAAACGUUUCCCAUAUUAUGAAAUUGUUGGUGAUGAAGAACGCAACACGGUUCUGUUCAAAAAAGGCGACGAAUACUUCUCAGUUGAAGAAUUGGUUGCUCAAAUACUCGUCAAAGCAAGGGAAUUCGCAGAAGACUCCACCAGCCAGCCCAUCACUGAAUGUGUCCUCAUUGUGCCAGGAUUCUUUGGACAAGCCGAACGCCAAGCCCUACUUUCAGCCGCACAAUUGGCCAACUUGAAAGUUCUUCAAUUAAUCAAUGACUAUACAGCAGUUGCACUCAACUAUGGAGUAUUCCAUCGAGCAGAAAUAAACGAAACCGCUCAAUAUUUCAUAUUCUACGAUAUGGGAGCACAAAAGACAUCUGCUGCUGUCGUAAGCUAUCAAUUGGUCAAAGACAAACAAACUAAGGAAACCAAUCCGGUUGUACAAGUUCUAGGAGUUGGCUAUGAUCGUACACUUGGAGGAUUAGAUGCUCAACUUAGAUUACGCGACUAUCUUGCCAAGGAGUUCAAUAGCUUGGGAAAGACCAAAACCGAUGUCACAAAGAAUAAUCGUGCAAUGGCUAAAUUAUUCAAAGAAGCUGCUCGUUUAAAGAAUGUCCUCAGUGCCAAUAUGGAUCAUUAUGCUCAAAUCGAAAAUCUAAUUGAAGAUCAUGAUUUUAAACUACAAGUUACAAGGGAGAUUUUCGAAGAACUUUGCGCAGACCUCUGGCCACGCAGUAUUGAACCUUUGAAGCAGGCUUUGAAGUCAUCUGGUUUGUCAUUGGAUAUGAUUAAACAAGUUAUUCUCUUUGGCGGUGGUACCCGUGUACCAAAGGUACAGGAAAUUCUAAAAGAGUACUUACAACAAGACUUGGGCAAGAGUUUGAAUGCAGAUGAAGCAGCCACAAUGGGAGCAGUAUACAAAGCAGCCGAUUUGGCCACUGGUUUUAAGGUGAAGAAAUUCUUAUUGAAGGAUGCUGUCAUUCUACCUAUUCACGUUUCAUUUGAGCGUGAUCCAGGCGAUGGAGCUAGCGUUCGUCAAGUUAAACGAGUACUCUUUGGACCUAUGAGCUCAUAUCCACAAAAGAAGGUCAUUACUUUCAACAAGCACACAAGUGAUUUCGAAUUCUAUGCUCAUUAUGGAGAUUUGAGUCAUUUAAGCCCUGAAGAAAUCUCUUACGUUGGAUCCAUGAAUUUAACAAAUGUCCAGUUAGUAAAUGUGAAGGAAACUUUGGAGAAAAAUUCGAAUGAAAUUGUUGAUUCAAAGGGCAUCAAGUCAUAUUUCGUGUUAGAUGACUCUGGUUUGUUUAGUUCGACUGGAGUUGAAUUUGUCUAUGAGAAACAAAAGUCUGAAAAGGACGAUGCAGAUAUUGAAGGAACUUUGGCCAAAUUAGGAAGCACAAUUAGUAAACUAUUCUCAAACAGUGAUGAUGAAAAGAAGGAUGAUGAAGAAAAUCCAAAACCUGAACAAGGUGAAGGAGAAAAACCAUCCGAAUCACAGAAACAGGAAAAGGCAGAAAAAGAAGAAAACAUCCCUAAAAAAGAAGAAAACAAGACUGAUGAAAAAGCUCCCAAAAACAACACCGUAAAGAUUGUGACCACUAAGGAACCAAUUGAAUACAAGCUCACCCUUCAAUACACCAAACCUCUAGAAGGAGAAGGUUUUGAAAAGUCACUUAAAAAACUAACAGCCAUCAAUAAAGUUGAAAGUGAACGUGUGCGUUUGGAAUCGGCUUUCAAUGCCCUCGAGUCUCAUGUUAUUGAAACACAAGAGAAGCUUUCAAGAAGCGAAUACGCUAACUGUGCUACAGAAGAAGAGAAGGCUAAAAUUCUAGAAGAGUGCUCAACUAUUUCCGAAUGGUUGUACGAAGAUGGUGCUGACGCUGAUGCUAAUACUUACGAGAACAAGCUCGAUGAAUUGAAAAAACUGACAAAUGUCGUACUUGGACGUCAUUGGGAGCAUGAAGAAAGGCCAGAAGCUGUAAAAGCUUUGAAUGGUCUGAUAGAAGGUGCUAAAGGAUUUUUGGAAAAAGCCAAGAAUCUAACAAAAGCAACAAACCCAGAAAGGGAUAUUUUCACCGAAGUCGAAGUGACCACUUUGUCUAAGAUUAUAGAAGAGACAGCUACUUGGCGCACAAAGGAAGUUGCAGCGCAAAAGAAACUCAAGCGCAAUCAAGAACUACGUCUAACUGUUAAAGAUAUUACUGAUAAAAUGGCUCUACUCGAUCGUGAGGUGCAGUAUUUAGUGAACAAAAUUAAGAUUUGGAAGCCAAAAGCCAAACCAACGGUAACUGAGACCAAGACAAAACCAACAGAAGGCGAUGAGGAGGAAGAACCUCAGGAAGCAACUGAAGAAGAGCCAGAGUCCAAUGAAGAAAAAUCUGAAAAACCUACCCCCGAAGAAGUAGAACAACAAAGUAACGACAAUGCAGAGGAAGCUUCACACGCUGAGCUGUAAACAAUCGGAAUAGCUUGUAACUAGAAAGUAAUUAUACAUAAAAUAAAAAAACACAAAGUGACGUAUUUAA